GAGGGAUGGGAACUGGGAUAUAUCGCAGUGUUGUAUUUUAGCAGGAUUUUUCUGUUGUUUGGAAAAGGGGAAACCAAAGUGUUUGACAGCAUUCUGUGGGGAUGUUUGUUAUAAGUGGUUCCAGGCAGAUCCUGCAAGCAGAAGCUUGUUGAAUCUGCAGGAAUUCUGCACGGGACAGCUUCAUGGAGGAAAGCUUUGGCACUUGGGAGCCAGAGGACACUAGAUAACCUUUCAGACCACUUACCACACCACUUACAGUGGCCAGGCAACUAGAGCAACCAGAAAUGCUGGAGGGGGAAAAAAAAAAGGCCUUUAAUAUCCUGCAGAUGUGCUGGCUCUUGCUUGUUCCAUGAAUCAGGAUAUUGCAUGAAUGAGUUAGUAAAGCAAUGGCUUGUUUUUAUUGUCACGUGCACGGCAGGUGCUUUACAGAUGAGAAGAAAAAGUCCUUGUCUUGGAGAGGUUAAUAUGAGAUAUUAUUGACCCAACCUGCUUUGCUUGCCCAUGGGGCUGCUCAGGUGGCAAGAUCUGGGACAAAUAUUUGCAUGGAACGCAAGCAGUGUUGGUAGAAGAGGGCCAGGAGCUAAUUAACCUAGCAAUGCAGUGCAGUAUGUACUUGGAGUUGGGUUUUAAUUUGACAUUUUUACCUUUUUGGUGUUUUUCUGGCUGUGGCUAGAAAUUUGACACUGAUGUUAAUAUAACAUCUGACAUUAACUGCUGGAGUUGAAUGCUUAGGCAGCUGCUGACCAAACAAAUCGGGGUUAUUUUUCAGCCAGAUAAUUUCCCCAAUCUGAUGCUCCACAUAAACAAGUGUGCAAGGGCAGAACAGAGGGGAUCUUGUGGGGAGGGAAGCAUUCACUGAAGCUGGCAGUCCUAUGAAACCUGGGGUUUUUUAAAAAUACACCCCAGUGUUGCAUUAAAAAGAAGAUAUUAAAAUUGCCCUUGCUUGAGUUGUGACUUGUAGGAGUCCGUGUUUUGGAGGAGACCUGUCAGCCAGUUCUUUAAAGGCAAAUCAGAGUUUAAAUCUGAAAUUUAUCAUGUGUCUUGUUCAAUCCAUACAUAGAGUUAUGGGUGGUUUGUGCUGUGGGAGCUGCCAGAACAAAUUACAGCUGAGCAAAUCUAAGUUUAGGUGGCUCAUUACUCAGGGCUGGUCGGUGUGUGCUCAGGUGAGCAGAGCAGCUCUGUGCUUUCCCAGGCGGGCUGUGCUGUGCAGAGCCCUGUGAAUAGUUACAGAUCUCACAGUGCAGGGACAGAAUUUGGAGAGAAAAGUGGUGAACUGGAUGAAGUGGAUUCAUGAGCUGGUUCCUGGGGCCAGGAAACUGUAGAGCAAAAUGGGGACAGGGGCGUGAUUUCAGUUUUCAGCUGUGAUUAUCCAUCGUGCUUCUCGUGUUUUUAUGUGAUGAUCCUCAGGCUGUGCUCUCAGGGCAGAGCAUUGCUGAACUCUCUCCCAGCUGGCCCAGUUUGAUCAGGGAUUUCUCCUCGGAGGCCAUGGAGCUUUCAGCCAACGAGCUCAGCAUCUAUGACAAGCUCUCUGAGACCAUUGAUCUGGUGAGGCAGACUGGCCACCAGUGUGGCAUGUCAGAAAAAGCCAUUGAGAAGUUCAUCAAGCAACUCUUGGAAAGAAAUGAGCCCCAGAGGGGCCCUCCACGGUACCCUGUGUUAGUGGCCCUCUACAAGGGUCUGCUCACCCUGGGCUUGGUGUUGCUGACUGUUUAUUUGGUGAUCCAGCCCUACAACCCCCUGCCUCCUGAGGCGCCGCUCUCCAGAGCCCAGGCCUGGGGCUCCCUCGUCGGGCACAUCCGGCUGCUGUCCCUGCCCAUUGCCAAGAAGUACAAGUUGGAGAAAUGCCAGGACUGGUGGGCAGCAGGUUGCAGACAGAACACUUCUGCACUUCCUGCAAACUGCACAGUCUGUUCUGCUGUGAAAAGCCUUCACAUAGUGACAGACUUGACAGAGCUAUCAGAAAAGCUCCAGAGGCAUCAGCCUUUUCUAAUCAAGACAGGGCAGCAUCUCUCCUAUGAAGAACUGAAGCAUUUUCAGUCCCAGGAUCCAGAACUGGCAGAGGUUAUAAUAGAAGAAAAUUCAGCUGAAUUAUGGAGCUGCCCAUUUUUCUUUCCCUGGAGCAGGUCUGUGAAUAAAUCUCGGAUUCUGCAGGAAUUUCUCCCUGCUUCCUCGUUGCAGUCCUUCCCCAAGACAGUGUCCCUGGAGAGCUGCUUCCUCAUCCACCAUCCAGAUUUGGGGAAUAAGAGCUACAGCCUGCACAGCCUGUUUGCUGUUGGGAGUGGGCAACUCACCCUGACUGUUGCACCUCUGGACACGUGCAGAGGACACUGUGAGAUGUUCAAGGUGGAGCUGGAAGCUGGGGAUUUGGGUUAUGCCAGCACAGAUCACUGGACAAUGAGCUUCAUGGCCAGAGGGACAGAGCCAGCAGUGAUUUGUGAUGGAGCUGCCAGCUAAGGAUGGUGGGGUGUGAAAACAGAGCUGUUCCCAGGACAAGACUUUCAGCUUUGAAGCCAAGGCAACGUCUUGAGAGGAGCGAGCCCGGGCAACUGGGGCAGGCAGCUUUGCCACCCUGCAUGUUUACAGUGUUUAAAAAUGACUAUUUUCCUGACCCUUGAGGUAAUCCUUUGCCUUUCCUCAAAUGUAUUUUGGGAGAAGCUCAAGCUAUUUAUGAACCUCCCUGUCCCCUCAGGUAAGCCCUGGGUUUUCAGCAAAGGGUUUUUAUUCCAGGAGCAGCAGAUGGAUUUCUCAGGAUGAGAUUCACCUUGUGUUCUUUGUGGAUUAUGGCACUUCCGAAACUUCCUGGGGGGUUUGGGAGUGGAUGGGGUGUGUGACAUUUCUGUGUACAUUCCUCCUGAGGAGGAAGCUUUGAGCCUGUGUAGUCAGGCCAGUUCUAUAAAGGGAAUGAAUUGGUGAUGUGUCCCAGCUCUCCCUCACGUCCACAGCUGUGUGAGCCCUGCAGAGCUGAUCUUGGCUCCUGCCCCUGUUCUGGGGAGAGCCUUGAGCCUGAGGGCAGAAACUCUCACCCACUGCAUCCUUCUUGUACCAAUAGAAUCCCUUCAGGCCCUUCUGUGUUGUGAUCACCCUUCUGCAGCUCUGUCAGCAGGUUGUGAGUGAGUCAAAUGAUAAUUGUGCUUUUCUUCACCUCCACUUCCUUUCCUGCAAAAAGACCAACACGUGUUAGUGUGGUGCUGGCAGUGCAGGAGUUGUGGAUGGAGCUGGGGCUGGGAGAGAGCAGCUCUGUCCAGCUCUCACCUCAGACACCAAGGGCUGCACAGCCGUUCUCAGCUGCUCCUUGUUUUUGGAGGCACUGCCUGCGUUCCCAGCCCACGGUACCUCUGGGAGCACCUGAAACCUCCCUCUUCCCUGGCAUAUUUUUGCAUUGACUCGUUCCAGAUCUGGAACUCUGUCUUCAGAAUGAACGUUGGUUUUUCCUGGGUCCUUUCCAAGCUGCCUUUGCGUGUUUCCUGCUGCUGGAGCAGUGCUGCCUCCAUGCCCUGAGAGAGGCUCGGGUUCGGUGUUUGCAGGCUGCGGAUGCUCCGCUCCCUUCCAAGUGUGAUCCUUUGGGUCUGAUCCCACUGCUGAAGAUCAUUUACAGAUGUGUCAGGCUGAACUCAUAGGCCAGGGCUGGAGUUCAGGACAUACUCUCACACUUGUUAAUAUGGAGUUGGGAGGGGUUUUGGUUGACAGUGAGUUAACUCUGUUGUCAGGAGCAGGAGCCUUUUUCUCUGUAAAUAUUUUAGGUACAUGUAAAAUGACAGACUGGGAAAAUGUCUGUCCAGCCUUUGUUUUUGAGGAGAAUGGGAGCAAACAUUGUGCUAAUCUGAUUAGGAGCUGACAAAAGCUGCCAAGUGGGAUGACCACGUCUGGCUCCUGUACAAGAAUAAGGCAGAGGACAUUUCCUGCUCCAAAGAAUUAAGUCUGAGGCCUUGACACUACAAACAUUUCUAUGCAUAACCCUUGUUUUUCUCCUGUCAAAACAAUGAGAGCAAGCCCAGCACCUGUGUCAGUGUGUGGAUGGCCCUCAGUGCUGGACACACACCAGAUCUAGUAGAACCAAAGGGAGAGAGUCUGGCUCUCUCAGGAUAGAAAAGGACGAAUAUAAUUUGUUACAAACUAUUAAAGGGAAUUGGACUAAUAAAACUUCCAUUAGUAUUCUCACUGCUUGGAGUGUAUUUCACACUCAUGACACUACAUUCAAUCUUGUACAUGCCAAGACACACACACACAAACCAGUCCCCUCCCUCCUCUUAAAGCCUGGGUCUUAGUUAAUGGAAAUUUGGGAGUUCAGUGAUGGCAGAAUUAGGGCCUCAUUAGUGACUGUUGCUAUUUACACUUUGGCAGCUUCUCAAAUCAAAUUCAAAGGCUGACAAGGUUACUUCACCUCUUGCUGGUUUUGUAUCUGACCCAUUUUUGUAAAGCAUUUGCUCAAAGAUGCUGCUGGAGCCAUUCUUGCUGAGACUGUGGCGGUUGGUGACACUGUCACUGCUAAGUGUCCUUGACUGUAACUUGUAAAAGAGCUGCGGAGACAAUUCCCAAGUGUCUAUGAAAUGCCUGGAUUUUGAGAGUCACACUUAAGCCAUUGUGGCUGUCUGGCUCUUUCGGGAAGAAGCAGAGAAAAUGGAUCUAUUUACAGUUGCUGUUUGGGCUGGGAGGAGGAGGGGGAGGAAGGGGCAGGUUUGUGCCUGUUUAGCAGAAGUGUUCUCACGUAGUGCUUCUCCCUUCCUCAAAGAGUUGCAGCUGGUUGGACAGGAGCUGGUGAGUCUGUCUGUGUGCAGAGCAGCCUUCCAAGUGCACUUUAUGGGCUCUGCAUAAGUUUCCAGCUCUGUCUCAGCGAUACAUUGCAUAUGUCCCAACCUCGCUCCCUUCGGAGUUUACAUCAUUUGUUUUUAAGCUCUCCGGUAUAUUUUCUCUUCCUCUUCCAAAAGCUGUAAGGAAUUAGCUGCUAAACUAAAACAGGAGGGCAGUUCUCCUGCUGAUAAAGAGCCGAUUUUGGCCCAAGUGCAGAGCCCCAGUCUGCAGCACAGCUUCCAGAGCAGCUCCUGUCUCCAGCUGCCAAAGGAGUGGUGCUCACACCUUCCACAUCCCAGGGCGGGUGAGGAGCCACUGUGGGAAACCCGGAGGUGAGGCCACAAUGGCAAAACUGGGAUGCCCAAAGGGAGGUUUUGAUACCUUUACUGCAAUUGAGCCCUGGUCAUCUUCCACAUCCAGAGCUCCAGCUUCACAGAGUCCCUGGAAAGGCUGCAGGACUUCCCUAGAGAGUCUGGUGAGGUGGAACUGGGGGAAACAGGGCUGUUCUGCAGCUAUUGAGGUUUCACAGCCAUGAUCAGAUGUGUCACAGAGGGGGUGUCCCACCGUGGUCUCCCUCACCUCAGCUUCCCUUUUGCACUCUGUGCUGGUUUGGACAAUCUCCCACUCCCACUCUGCCCAGCUCACACGGGUUCCCAGUCAGCACAUUUUAAAAUCCCUUUGUGUGCUUCAGAGCUCAUUGCCUGUAAGCUGGGAGAUGGAUUCCUCCUCACCCCACAUCCCAAAGGCUGCUCUGAAAUCACACCAGAAAUCGGUACCACCCACUGGAGGUGAGGAGGGGUCACCUCUGCACUUGCCAGGCUGGAAGGAUGGGCUGUCCCCAUCGGCUGGGCAGGAGGAUCGUGGUUUAAAGCUGCUCCCCAAAGCAGGAGUCACUGACCAGUGCUGUCAGUCAGUCCUGAACUCAGGGUAACUGAAAGGAGGAGAAAGGAUUAUUAUGAUUUACUUCAGUACCAGGAAAUCAGCGGCCCCCAAGGGAGCCAAGCUGGCAGUUUCUAUUGAUUCUUUUUUUUUUUUUUUUGCUUUCUUUGUUCCUUUUCAUUUUUUCCCCUGCCCACUGUUAUUGCACACAUUGAUUCCCCUGAGGGGUCCCUUUGCAAGGCCCUGGAGAGCUUUGAGUCAGAUUUCCCGUGAGUCUCCAGACUUCAGCUUCUCCCACCAAGCCUGUUUUUGGAAUGUUCUGGAGGAGAAGCUGGUUUGUCUGGGCUGGAUCAAAGCACCUCCCUUCCCUCAUGGCCUCCUGGGCUCCAGCAGCAGCAGGAGGAGGUGGGGAGCAUCUCAUGGUAGAGAUGUGAGCUCUCUAAAUAGCAGUGUCUCAGAAAAGGGGAUCCUUCUGCCUUGAAACCCUCUUGUUCCCUCCCUCCCUCCCUCCAGGAGGGAAGUUUCCCUUCCACACACCCCCAUGCCAGGUCCACGUUCAGCCCCGUGGCCCCCAAGAGAACUGAACACUUCCUGGGGUGAGGCCAUUUCAGUGGGUGCACACAGAGCUUUUGCUUCCUGCAAACCAAACUUUCUCCUCUUGGUAAAUUUUAUAGGUAUCCUCCUCUUCAGGAACCUCCUCCCUGUAAAGGGCAGAUUUAGUGUCCUGCUGAGUUAGACAAGGGAGAUGCUGGACUUCCCUUUGCUUUGGAGAUUCAGAAUAAUGGCAGGUGAUUUAUUUUUAGCAUUAUCUCCUUCUCUUGGGGAGGGGAGCCACAUUCUAAAGGCUCAGAGGUGCUGGGAAGUAAAGCUAUAUAUGCAUAAAGACUGUUUCAAUGCUGAACACUAAAUUCAGUGAUGGAUUAAAAAAAAAGAAUGUGAAUAUGCACUUAAUGCAGAAUUUUAUGGAUGGUCCUAAUUUAAUAUAUUGCAAACUUUGUAAAUACUUGGGAAAAGCCUGUAAAGUAUGUAAAUAAAUGAGAUUUGUAUGUAAGAAGAAUAAAAAAGUUUUUAAUUUUUGCAAUUAAAUACAAGUGUUAAUGACCCUU